AUGAAGGAUAUAGGAUUUGUUCCUUGGAGGCAAACUUUUUUGAAACCACGCUUGUUGCUAGUAAAAACACAAAUGGUUCCCGUUUUCCGCAUACUUUCAACGCUUCCACAAUCCAAGGGCUGUGAUGUAGCCAUUAAAUGUUACAUGUUUGUCGAAGUAUUGACACAUCCCUUGCAAAAGUUCAGAUGUAUGCUAAGAAUAUUGUUUAAGGGACGUAGAGUAGUCAAUAGCAUGUGGCAGUAUUCAGGUGUUUAUACAGUAUCAGAUGGAGUCCGAACAGUCGCCAAUAGGUUUGUGCUGUAUGAGCGACAAGUUUGUGCUCGUUUUCUUCCAACACGUGCUGGAAAUCGGAACAUCACGCCCUUUCUCUUCAGGCUCAGAUCUCUAAUAAUGUCACCUUUCGCCUACCAAAAAGAGAACAUGGACCAUAAUGAAAAAAGCACGAUGAACUCAAGUCUUAGUGAACCAGAACAGCCUAUUAACCUUCCUGGAAACUCAGGUGAUGUUAAUGAGAACGAUGAUAAUGAGGACGUGGAAAUAGUUUCAGGAAGUUCAAGUCACCUAUAUGAAUAA